GCCUACAGUUUUGCAACGGCUAGCAACUGCACCGGUAAGCAGUUGUAAAUCUGGGGAAAAUUGUUUUCCAUUUCGGCAAGCAGAAUUCAACGGACGGAACAAGGAUUAGCUUGACAGAGACAGGCCUCUAAAUAGUAGACAGAACGUAGAAAUUCUCGGAACCCGUAACAAGGAUGAACCAGGGUCCUGGCAUCGUCGCCAUCAUCCGUACCUUGUGUCUUGCCAUCUUUGCCACCCAAUUACUGGUGCUGCCAUUGAUGCUGAUAGUUUCGGAGGCGGAGGCAAAUGAUGCCGGAAUCCUCAAAUCCGACCAGGCAUCGGCAACAACACCAACGAAAGGAAAGACAGCAACAACGGCAACCGUCAAAGCCAAGAGCAAGGCCGUUCAGCCAACUACCACCACCAUUAAGCCAAAAACAACAGUAAAGACAACGAAGAAACCAAAAGAAAACAUCAUGAUAACGGUAAAGGGCACCAUCGAUGAGGACCUCAGCGAUCUGGAUUCGUUCGACGAUGCCGAUGAUUUCGGAGACAUUUGGGGCGAUGUCGAGAAACCACCGGCCACAUUCGGGCGUGAAUUUGAUCUGAAACCGAACCAAAUCUCGCCGGAAUGUAUCCCGGAUGACAGCUUCCUGCCGGUGCUCGAACUUCCGGAGGAUUUGGUACCGGAAAUGUUCUACCGCAGUCCCACGAAUGGGACCGGCCCUGCCCAAGCUGAAAAAUCCACUGGAAGCGAAGAAGAUCCCGGUUUGAUUAAAUCCCUCAUUUCGUCAAUAACUUCGGCUUUAAGUUUGGAGGGGUUGAAAAAUCUUCUCGAAUCGGUCAGAAAACAACUUCAACUGUUGACUGACCGUUUCAAAGUCAAAACAGCCGAAUCACUGCAAUCGAUCCGGACAACCAUGGACCAAGCUUCAAAUAGUAUAAAAAAAGUUAUCACCACUCCGGAUGAAAACUGGGACAAAUCGAAUUGCAAUGAAAAGGUUAAAGAAUGCAUCGAAAAAGUAAAUAAAGAGUUCAAAACGUUUGAAAAUAACCUUCGAAAUGAAAUCAAACUUUGUACAGAUCGUUUCAAAGGCGCCGUCAACGAGAGAAAGAGCAAAAUUGAGGAAAUCAAUAAAAGUACGGAACAAACGCUGGGUGAUUUAACAAGUUGUUUAAACAACCCUCCACCAUCUGUAACGUCAAUUUUGUCAUCUUUAUUGAAAACCGGAAAAUGUACCGUUAAUCAGGUCUCAUCCAGGACCUCGUCCACGCUGAAGGAUUUCUCCAGCAAGGUGCUGAGCCAGGAAGCUGCACUGUCCAGCAAGACGGAGCAAGCCAACCAAUGUAUCGAGGAAAAGGUGACCGGAUCGAAAAUAAAAACUAAGCAGAACAAUCUAAUGGAUCAGUAUCAGAAGUGUUUGAGGAUUUGAAUUGGAAAAAAUGUCUAAAUUCGAGAGUGAUCUGGCUGUCUUAACU